AUGAGAUUUUCUUCCGCUGCUACAUUAUUGUGGGUGAUGGGGAAACCUGUGUUGGUUCAGAGUCAAGUCACCUUGACUGACAUUGCGGCACACAACACUGCAACUGAUUGCUGGACUGCGGUGUACGGCGAGGCUUACGAUGUAACAGCCUAUGCGCCCAACCAUCCCGUUGGUGCCACUAUCCUUGUAAAUGGCAUGUGUGGGAAGGAUGGGACUCCUGCUUUCGAUCCUGUCCACGGAGACACACCAGGAUACAUGCAAAUCUUUCCAGGCAUCACUUACCUAGGAAAGCUCGUAGCUGCAACCCCGGUACCCGUCCCAGUUCCGGCUACCCCAGCUCCGGUUCCAGUUCCAGUUCCAGUUCCAGUUCCAGUGCCUGCAACCCCAGCUCCCGUUCCAGUUCCUGUAACCCCGGGUACAGGUAAAGUCACCAGACCCCCUUCGAGGCCCGCUGCCACCGGCAAGGUAACAAGGCCACCUUCCAGGCCCGCCGUUGUCACUGCCACUGUAACAAGGCCCGGAACCUCCAAGUCGUUUGAUGACAGGAAGAAGCUUCGCGGAUAGCUUGUGUUGCUGGAUGAAACGCGUUACCCCUAAGUGGUUAGCUAUGGCUGAUGAGUCGAAUCAGCCCUGUGAUUGGAGGAGAAUAUAUGUAGUAACAUUAAGAAGGAGAACUUAACUAAGUGA